UAACUGUAUUUUGAAAUAUUCCUACGAAAGAAAACACAAAGAUACUCUCUCUCUCUCUUCCACUUCUUCCACCUCCGCUGCACGUUGCAAAUUUGAUUAAUACCAUAUAUGUCCUCCUAUCUAUCCUCCUUAUUGCGCGGUUGUUGAUUUUGACGAAACGCCUAGUAAACGCUAGAAUCACUCUCUAUGAUAAUUUCUCAUAACCAGCUCAACUAAUAAAAACCGCGUUUCUGUUUCUGUUUCUGUUUCUGUUUUGGUUCCUCCGCAACCGCCAAACCAGCCGGUUUUUGGGUUUUGCAUUUCGUCUUCUGCACUCUCUCUCUCUCAAUCAUAUCGAAAUUGUUGUCUCUCAAUCCCAAAGCAAAACCCUAGACCAUGGCAGUUGACUACUACGCUGUUCUGAAGUUGACCCGGAACGCGAACCAGGAGGACGUGAAGAAGGCGUACAAGAGGUUGGCCAUGAAGUGGCACCCGGAUAAGAAUCCGGUCGACCACAAGGAGGCGGAGGCCAAGUUCAAGCAAGUAUGUGAGGCCUACGAUGUGCUCAGUGAUCCGCAGAAGCGUCAGAUCUACGACGUGUACGGCGAGGAGGGACUGAAUGAUGAGGUUGAGUUUGAUGUGGCGCCGCCGCCGCCGAGGAGGUCGGAGCCGGAUGAUAUUUUUAAUGAGUUUUUCGAGGACCGGAAUAGCUGGCAGAGGGCGUUUAAGAAGACUUGUAAUGGCGGCGGGAGUGGGAGGAGUCAGAAGAGCGGUGGUGGGAAGAUGGUUGCGGCGGUGGAGAGUAAGCUGGCGUGUAGUUUGGAGGAUCUUUACAAGGGGGCGAGAAGGAAAAUGAGGAUUUCGAGAACUGUUCCUGAUAAUUUUGGCAAGUCAAAGACAAUUGAGGAAACCUUAAAGAUUGAUAUCAAGCCAGGAUGGAAGAAGGGUACUAAGAUCACGUUUCCAGAGAAGGGAAACCAAGAACCUGGCAGCUCUGCAGCAGAUCUUAUUUUCGUCGUGGACGAGAAACCCCAUGAUGUGUUCAAGAGGGAUGGGAAUGAUCUUGUGGUCGAUCAUAAGUUAACUCUACUCGAGGCUCUCACUGGAACAUUCGUCAAUCUGACAACCUUGGAUGGAAGGGUUCUCCCUAUCCCAGUCAGGAACAUAAUAAAUCCUGGUUAUGAGGAGGUGAUCCCUAAUGAGGGAAUGCCAAUAUCAAAAGAUCCCACCAAGAAAGGAAACCUCAGGAUCAAGUUUGAUGUUGUCUUUCCAUCAAAGCUCAGCGCACAACAGAGAUCUGAUCUGAGAAGAGUGCUAGGUGAAGUUGAUAACUAAUUCAGAUCUUAUAAUUUUAACUCUAAUCGACAGUUAAGUUAAUCAAUCUGUAAAUAUGCAAUGUUUUGGCUGUUCAGUAGCAAUGUUGACCAUACUAGUGAAAUAGCUGUGUCCUAUUUCUUCUGCAAAUGAUGGAAAAUCCACUUGUACAAUGUCUUCUUUAUGAAUAAGGAAGCUUAGCGCAGCAGCUCCUUUUUGCUUGAA